AUGCUGAGCCAUCAAGAAGAUGUAACUCGCAAUGCCGUUGGCGGUUGCCUGGGGGCCAUGUUUAAAUUCAAGAAAAAAAAAAUUAUAGAUCUAGAGAGGGAGCAUUGUUUGCUUUUGAAGUACUAUGUACAACUUUCUGCUCAUGGAGUAAAACUAGUACUUCCGUCUCUUUUGGAAGCUCUUGACGAAGAUUCCUGGAGAACGAAAACGGCAUCAGUUGAAUUAUUGGGUGCAAUGGCGUUUUGUGCUUCAAAACAACUUUCAUCCUGUUCUCCUAGUAUAGUUCCAAAACUAAUUGAAGUCUUGGGAGAUUCUCACACUAAAGUACAAGAAUCUGGUGCGGAAGCUCUUAAAGUAAUAGGGUCCGUUAUUAAAAAUCCUGAAAUUCAAGCUAUUGUUCCCGUACUUUUGGAUGCAUUGGAAGAUCCCUCCAAUAAUACAUCAACUUGUCUGCAAAGCUUACUAAAAACUAAAUUUGUUCAUUUUAUUGAUACUCCCUCAUUAGCGUUAAUUAUGCCAGUGGUUCAACGUGCCUUUAUGGACCGAUCUACAGAAACAAGAAAAAUGGCUGCACAAAUAAUAGGAAAUAUGUAUUCACUAACGGACCAGAAAGAUUUAGCACCGUAUUUACCAAGUAUAAUUCCUGGAUUAAAAUCAUCCUUAUUAGACCCAGUCCCUGAAGUGCGAGCUGUAUCAGCUCGAGCACUUGGUGCAAUGGUGAAGGGUAUGGGUGAAAGUUCAUUUGAAAAUUUAUUACCAUGGCUAAUGGAAACCUUAACUUCCGAGUCUAGCAGUGUUGACCGCAGUGGAGCAGCACAAGGACUCUCCGAGGUAGUUGGAGGACUUGGUGUCGAAAAAAUGCAUAUACUUAUGCCCGAAAUAAUUUUGACUGCAGAAAGAGUAGAUAUUGCUCCAAACGUGAAGGAUGGAUACAUUAGGAUGUUUAUAUACAUGCCUGGGGUAUUUCCAGAAGAAUUUACACCAUAUAUAGGGCAAAUUAUAAAUCCGAUCUUAAAAGCUUUGGCAGAUGAAAGCGAAUAUGUACGUGAUACAGCCCUGAAGGCAGGUCAGCGAAUUGUUAAUUUAUAUGCAGAAACUGCUGUAGCGCUUUUACUUCCAGAACUUGAAAAAGGACUUUUUGAUGAUAAUUGGCGAAUAAGGUAUAGUUCAGUUCAAUUACUAGGAGACUUAUUAUAUCGUAUAUCAGGAGUAUCUGGAAAGAUGACAACAGAAACAGCUAGUGAAGAUGAUAAUUUUGGUACCAAACAUUCACAUACAGCAAUAAUUCGCUUUUUGGGCGAUGAACGAAGAAAUAGAGUAUUAUCUGCUUUGAUGGUCCGACAAGCUGCAUUGCAUGUCUGGAAAGUUGUUAUGACAAAUACUCCGAGGGCUCUGCGAGAAAUUCUGCCGACACUGUUUGGUUUACUUCCAGGAUGCUUAGCUAGCACAAGCUAUGAUAAAAGACAAGUGGCUGCCCGAACUUUAGGGGAUUUGGUAAGAAUACUAAGAGAACGAGUUUUACCAGAAAUCAUUCCUAUCCUUGAAAAUGGACUAAACUCUGAUCAACCUGAUCAACGCCAAGGAGUCUGCAUAGGACUAUCUGAAAUAAUGGGCUCUACAUCAAAAGAAAUGGUUCUUACGUUUGUGCACAGCCUCAUUCCUACAGUCCGGAAGGCUUUGUGCGAUCCCUUACCUGAAGUUCGAGAAGCAGCAGCAAAGACAUUUGAAUCUUUACAUAGCACAGUAGGCGCUCGGGCGUUAGAUGAUAUUCUUCCGUUUAUGCUAGAGGGUCUCUCAGAUCCUGACCCCUCUAUUGCUGAGAAUUCUUUAGAUGGGCUUAGACAGGUAAUGUCUAUAAAAUCAAGAGUAGUGUUGCCAUAUCUUGUGCCCCAAUUAACAUCUCCACCUGUUAAUACAAAAGCAUUAUCUAUUCUUGUAUCUGUGGCUGGUGAAGCAUUGACCAAAUAUUUGCCGAAAAUAUUAUCUGCAUUAUUAGAGGCUCUAUCAGGAGCCUAUGGAUCUCCGCAUGAACUUCAAGAGAUUGAUUAUUGCCAAACUGUUAUAUUGUCAGUAACAGAUGAAACUGGAAUUAGAACAGUAAUGGAUACACUGCUAAUUUCAGCAAAUUCUUCUAAUCUAUGCACACGAAAGUUUCAUUCUCCGGGAAAUUACUCGCAAUACAUUCCCCAACUUUUAAGAUGCUUACUUAAAUUAUUGGUUGAUAAUGAUAAAGAUAUUUUACAGAAAUCAUGGGAAGCUCUCAAUGCUGUAAUUAAAGGCCUGAAUGCCGCCCAGCAAAUCUCGCAUGUCUCUGAUGUUCGUCAAGCAGUUAAGUUUGCAGCAAGCAAACUAAAAGGUCCGGAGCUUCCUGGAUUUUGUUUGCCGAAAGGAAUAUUUCCACUAUUACCCGUUUUUAGAGAAGCUAUUUUAAAUGGAUUACCAGAGGAAAAAGAAAAUGCAGCUCAAGGUCUCGGGGAAGCUAUUUUUCUAACUAACGCACAAUCGUUACAGCCUUCCGUAGUACAUAUAACUGGUCCAUUAAUUCGAAUACUAGGAGACCGAUUUAAUGCAGCGGUUAAAGCUGCUGUACUAGAAACAUUGUCAAUUUUACUUCAAACAGUUGGUGUUCUUUUGAAACAGUUCUUACCACAACUUCAGACCACGUUUCUUAAAGCGUUGCAUGAUCAAAACAGAAACGUAAGGAUGAAAGCCGGAAGAGGUCUUUCUGAGUUAGUAGCAAUUCACUCUAGAGCAGAUCCAUUAUUUAAUGAAAUUCAUAAUGGAAUAAAAAAUUCGGAUGAUUCUUCAGUUAGAGAAACGAUCUCCGGAUCUGGAGAUAAAAUGUCUGAACCCAUAAAAAAACAAAUUUAUAUCACUCUUUUGAAUAUGCUGAGCCAUCAAGAAGAUGUAACUCGCAAUGCCGUUGGCGGUUGCCUGGGGGCCAUGGUAAAGUACAUAUCACCUGGACAAGUUGAUGACUUAUUUAAUAAUUUAAUACUUUCGGAUAAUACAGACGAUCUAAUAGUAAAGCAUGGACACUCAAUUGUUUUAUUCGUUGCCUUAAAAGAAUGUCCCAAUGAUGUGCUGACAUCAAAUUUGAAUGAAAAAAUUACAGCUUAUGUGUUGGUCAAUAUUUUAUCAGAAAAAGUGCCAGUUGCCUGCAAUGCAAUAAGAGCUGCCACUUAUCUUUUGGAGCUCUAUCUUGUCAAUAGUGAUAAACUUCCAUUAAAUGUUCUUAGUGCACUUGCUAGAGCUAUGAAUCAUUCUAGCAAUGAUGUUAAGCAGUUAGUCGCAAAAAGUUGCACCCACCUAUCCAAAAGUUUGACAGUUGAUCAAAAUAAUCUUGAUGUUUUUAAAUAUUUAGUCCCCAUGUUAGUAAAUGGCACUAAGGACAAAAAUGGAUAUGUGAAAUCAAAUUCAGAGCUAGCAUUGAUAUCCAUUUUAAAGCUAAGAUCUGACGACUCGACUUUUUCCAAAAUUUCAGACCUUUUGGAAUAUGGAGCUAGGGACUCUUUAAACGACGUAGUAACAAAAGUUUUAAAACGUUCAGUACCACAGUCCAUUAUAAAGGAAGAAGAAUUAGAUGACACAUUGCAAACAUAAUCGCUACUUUUUAAAAACUAUAUUGAAAAUAAUAUGCUUUAUAAACAUGUUGCUGUAUUUAAUAUUUUUUGUAAUUAAAGAAUUUUUUAAAAUAAA